AUGAAGCUGGCUUUAGGUCAUAAUGUCGACAACCUUCAGGAAAGUGUGAGAGGUAUCGAGCAGGAAACACAGGGUACUCAGGGUUGGAUAGAUGUAACAACUGUGACAGAAAGUGGAGAAUAUGACUAUGUUGUAAUCGCAUUGCCAUUUUCCAAAGUCGGACUCACGGAUGCCAAAGUACUCAUCUCUCCUAAGCCAAGCCAUAUCAACAAUGUGCUAUCAAAAGUCUUGCAAAUUCGCACUAUAUUACAAGACGGGAUUCUGAGAGAAGUUGGACUCUCCCAUUAUCAGCGGUUGUGGUGCAAGUCAUAUUCCGGGGAUCCGGCCAGUAUGCUAUCCAGCAUAUGCGAUCAACUCGUCAUGGCCAGGCGUAGUACUCGCAUCGUAUUCCACAAUUCACCGGCUGCUGUGAUCGACAAUGCUGGGAAGGCCUCUACCUUCCAGCAUACUAUGAAACCGAGUUCAAGACCAUAUUCGUGGGAAAGCGCAGGAACUACACCCACACAUGGAUCUUCUCAGCGCUAG